AUGUCCAACACUAUCGCUCUCUACCCGUUGUCAAACUUCACAUUCAGUACAAAGGAAGCACAACCAGAAGAAGAUCCCUCCGUCUCAGCACGUCUCCAACGCCUCCAAAACAACUAUGAAGACUUUGGAAUGCGCAGGACCGUAGAGGGAAUCCUCGUCGUGCACGACCACGGUCACCCACACAUACUCAUGCUCCAAAUCGCAAACGCCUUUUUCAAACUCCCCGGAGACUACCUCAAACCCGGCGAAGACGAGAUCGACGGCCUUAAGCGCAGACUCGACGAACGUCUAGCUCCACCCGCGGAUUCUCGGCAAUUCGACCAAGCCACGCAUGGCGUCGACAAUGAAUGGGAAAUCGGAGACUGUUUAGCACAAUGGUGGAGACCUAAUUUUGAAACGUUCAUGUACCCAUUCAUUCCCGCACAUAUAACAAAACCCAAAGAAUGCAAGAAACUGUUUCUAGUUCAGAUGCCGGAACGUAAGGUUCUGGCGGUCCCCAAAAAUAUGAAACUCCUCGCCAUCCCAUUGUUUGAGCUAUACGACAAUGCAGCUAGGUAUGGCCCCCAGCUGAGCGCCAUUCCGCACUUGCUAUCAAGGUACAACUUCAUCUACCAGUAGCCAUGGAACCCACCCAUUUCGCUCUUCACGACCCGUCCUUAUCGUUAUCAUUCAAAAGUGCAGUAUCAUAAUUCUCACGAAAUGCAAACUCGAUGCUGUUGUCGCUCUC